GUUUAUUUCUGCUUAGACAGCUGUCAGCAGCUGUAUAACCUCAAAAUAGGUUCGUGAAAAAUACGUGAAAAUAGCAAAUAAAUCCACAUAAAUCAAAAUUGUAAGCAUGAAGAAUGGAUGAUAUUGCGAAGCACGUCUCCUCAUUCCAGUUAGACCAAGAAAUACUAGAUGCUCGAGGCAUAGCUAUGACGGUGUCGGAGGUGGCGGGGCUCUCCACGGCGCGCUACUCCGAAAAGGUUCAGUCGCUGCGGCUGAACGAGGCAGACCAUGCCUUCCUGAAGGGGCUGAGGAGACGGAUUAAGAAUAGACUAGCAUCACAGAACAGCCGGCGCCGUUCCUCCGAACAACUCAGACAGCUAGCUCGCGAGCUACGCGUGGUGCGACGCUGCAAGGGCUCGGCGGCGGCGGAGCGGCGCGCGUUGGUGCAGCGGCGGCGCGCGGCAAGAGAGACUUGUGUCGCACUCACCGAGUAUGUCAUGAAGGUCCUAAAAGAGCGUCAAGACACAUCACAAAUACCGCCAGAACUGCUAAUUCCAGACGAAGAACCGAUACAGAAGACCACAGAAUCUCACAAACCCAGAAUUCCAGUCAAGAAACUCGCCCCCCCGCCCGUUGUUCCAAUAGUGCCAGAUAUAGCCAGAGAUAUAGCAACGGAUAUCACAAGAGAGAGAGACAGCGAUAUUACAAGGGACCAAAUAACACAAGAAAAACUCUUCGAGUGUCGAGUAGAAAAGCUCGUCCAACACAGCGUGAACCACAUUUAUAAGGCUGAUAAUACUGACAAGAAAUACGUCAGUGCCAAAACCGUUUUCAUAUCCAAUGGGGACAUGACACAGAGUGAGUUAGAGGGCGGGUUUAAGGACGCGUUUUCGGAAGGGGGGGUGUUGAAUUUGUCGGUAAAAGGGGGGAGAAGGAGCCAUGGACGGAAACAGUCGGCCCCUCGGAGGAUUGCGUACGCGUUUUGUGAUAAUGAUGAAUCUGUCCUGGACUUAAAGAUUAAGAAAGAAAACUAGGGACCCACUACACUUAUUUUGUUUA